UCGCCGAGGUGGGUGAGCACAAAAAGCACCUUAAAAUGUUCCGGAGGCACAGCAGAUCAUGCCUUCUCGCCGACUCGUCGACCUAUUUAUAGUCCCGUAGACUACAGAGCGGCAUAGUUCACCUGCCGGAGGUGAAACGCCCGGCGAACUCUUCUUAUUGUAGCUGAUUGUUUUACUUAUAAUCUCACCGUUUUCGUCCUCUUAUAAGCCCCCGGAUUUGACCGGAACGACGAUGGCUUCGGAGCUCAUCUACCGGGGCCACGAAGCUCAGCCUCUCGGUGAUGCCCUCUACUCGCCGAAGCCGAUGAAACGGUGGCCAUCGCUUCCAAGACCGGUGCGGUAUCUUCUACGGGAGCAGCGGCUUAUCUUCCUGGUUGCCGGGAUGGGUCUAGCCGCGAUUGUUUUGGCGUUGGCUCCGAGAUCUCCAGCGACUCCUAGGGAGAUAGCAGGGGCGGCGCACGUGAUGGUUGGGAUGGCGGCGAUGGCCGAGAAGCGAUGGCAGGUGUUUGAACCGGUCAGGAUGGGUUCUGUUGGGGGGAAAGUGCCGCUAGGGUUGAAGAGAAAGGGGCUUAGAGUAGUGGUUACCGGAGGAGCAGGAUUUGUAGGGAGCCAUCUGGUGGAUCGGCUGAUUGAAAGGGGGGAUAACGUUAUUGUGGUGGAUAAUUUUUUUACCGGGAGGAAAGAGAAUGUCAUGCAUCAUUUCGGAAACCCUAAUUUCGAGUUGAUCCGUCACGAUGUCGUCGAGCCGCUGCUUCUCGAAGUUGAUCAGAUCUACCACCUUGCAUGUCCCGCUUCCCCUGUUCAUUACAAGUUUAAUCCCGUCAAGACGAUCAAGACCAACGUUGUGGGAACUCUCAACAUGCUUGGAUUGGCCAAGAGGAUCGGCGCCCGCUUCCUCCUCACUAGCACCAGCGAAGUCUAUGGCGAUCCUCUUCAGCACCCGCAGGUCGAAACAUAUUGGGGCAACGUGAAUCCCAUUGGGGUUCGAAGCUGCUACGACGAAGGGAAGCGGACAGCCGAAACUCUGACCAUGGAUUACCACCGCGGAGCUCAAGUCGAAGUGAGGAUCGCUCGGAUCUUCAACACGUACGGGCCUCGCAUGUGCAUCGAUGAUGGCCGGGUCGUCAGCAACUUCGUCGCCCAGGCAUUAAGAAAGGAACCGCUAACGGUAUACGGGGACGGGAAACAAACCCGAAGCUUCCAGUACGUAUCAGACCUAGUGGAAGGGCUGAUGAAACUAAUGGAAGGCGAACACGUGGGCCCCUUCAACCUGGGAAACCCCGGCGAAUUCACCAUGAUCGAGCUCGCGCAGGUUGUUCAGGAAACCAUCGACCCCAACGCGCGCAUCGAGUUUCGCCCCAACACCGAAGACGACCCCCACAAACGCAAGCCCGACAUCACCCGCGCCAAAGAGCUCCUCGGCUGGGAACCCAAGGUACCCCUUCGCAAAGGCCUCCCUCUCAUGGUUUCCGAUUUCCGUAAACGCAUUUUUGGCGAUCACCCCACCUCUUCUUCCUCUGCUUCGGCGGUUUGAUUUUGUUUUUUUCUCUUUUUUCUUUCAUUCUCGAUCUCUCGCCAUUUUGGUUGAUAUCUUCUGCUCUGUUUCUUUUGAGGGAUAUCAGCUUCUCGCGGUAGAAGAGAGAUUUCAGUCAUUUUCUCUAUGUUUUUUUUUUCUCCCCCUUUCGAUGUUCGGGGUUUAAUUAACUAUAUGU